GAAUCCUGGCGCUAUGUGUAUUUAACAUGGAGCCAAGGUUAGAAAGUAUAACACGUUGUAGAGAUAGGAAAGGUUUCUCGCGUUUAUCUUCACCUCCAGCAAUUGCAGCUUGGACAUUCCAUCAGCAUCCUGACAUGACUGGUAAAGGUCAGUGGCUGCUUUCCUCUGACUUCCUUAUCCUGAGCAUCUCUUCGACAGAGAUAAAAUAGUUGUCUUAAACGCAUUGUGCUGCACAAACAAGUUUUUUUCCCCUUUUUAUCUGUGAAAUUAAGAAACUUCUCUGAAACAAGGCAUCCGAUUUGUUACCAAUUUUCCCAAAGCACUUGUAACUUAACAAAAGUGAAAAGAGUCUUCCUUUUGAAUUUCAGAUUCACAUAGUAUAAUUUCAGUACUGUUCUUAGAACUCUCAAAGCCAACAUCCACUUCUCUGCAUCUGAGCCGUAAUCCCAGAAGCCCCAUCAUGGGCUCUCUGUGUGUGUCCCACUUUUGAGAGCCUAGCCCAGGAGUUGGCCUACCCGUGUGCCCUACAGAACAGCUCUACCCAGGAGAUGCCCACUGAGGAGGGGUUCCCUGGGAAUAUGACCACCUGGGUCUCCUGUGAGAGCUUUACUGUACACUUGCAAGGCCUUCGAGAUGUCCUCUGGUGAAGAAAAAGGUGAGAUUCUGCAAGCUUAUUUAUCUGCAAAUCUUUUUUGGAGGUGAGGGCUUGACUUCCUUUAAAGUCUCCCUAACACUCAGAAGCGCACAGUGCCCACUGUGGGAGAUGCUGACAUAGCAGUGAGUGGGCCCUAGAUACAUACUGGGGGCUGGGGGCAUUCUAAUGAGAGUUUCUGACAAUUUAGACUUUCCAGCACUUAACACAGCCUCAUUCGUCUCUACCAUGCCCAGCUGCCUUUGGGCUUUUUAAAGAUGAGGAAAACUGAUAUGCACAAAAUGGGUAAUUUCUUAUGAUCAUAGAGCCAACGAGUGAGGGAAUUUGGACAAAGUCAGUAAAUCUAAAGCAAUAUUCUUGAUACUUUGUUAUGUAUAGUAGUUUUAAGUUAAAAUAUGGCAGUUAAAAUAUUUUGAAUUCUUGUCUUGCUAGAUGCUAGUCUCUAUGCUCAGCACUUUACUAGGAUUAUCUCAGUUAAUGCUCGUGAUAAGCCUGUGAGUGGGGCGCUACCCUUGUCUCUAUAUCACGGAUAUAACUUAUGAAAUUAGAAAAGCGAUAGGUGUGCAAACCCUCUUCCCCCACCCCCAUGCCCCUGUCAGUGAUCUUUAACUUUUCCUUAGGAAUCACAGGACUAGAGAGUGACCAACAACCGAGAGCCAGUUGGUUUUUACUUACAGCACGUUGCAGGGUAGCAUUGCAUUAGGUUUCAAGAUUUUUUUUUCCCAUUAGGUGUAAAUGAUGCUUCUUAUGUGAACAUUAUAAUUUUUGAUGUCUUUUUUUUUUUAAGAUUUUUAUUUAUUUGAGAGAGAGAAAGAGAGAGCAGAAGUGGGGAGGAGGGACAGAGAGAGAGGGAGAAGCAGACUCCCCACUGAGCAGAGAGCCCGACAUGGGAUUCGGUUCCAGGACCUUGGAAUUAUGACCUGAGCUGAAGACAGACGCCUAAUCUACUGAGGAACCCAGAUGCCCGGUUUUUGACGUCUCUGCACCCUGAUGGAAAGAGUCUCACAAUAUGUGAUGGCUGUGGGCACAUAGUGACCUAUCAGGACAGUGGCACAAUGACGUCUAAGAAUUAUCCAGGGACUUACCCCAAUCACACGGUUUGUGAAAAGACUAUCAAAGUACCAAAAGGGAAGAAACUGAUUCUGAGGUUAGGAGAUUUGGAUAUUGAAUCCCAGACCUGUGCUUCUGACUACCUUCUCUUCACCAGCAGUUCCGAUCAGUAUGGACCAUAUUGUGGAAGUAUUCCUGUUCCCAAAGAACUCCUAUUGAACACGAACGAAGUCACUGUUCGCUUUGAGAGUGGAUCCCACAUUUCAGGGCGGGGAUUUUUGCUGACCUAUGCCAGCAGCGACCAUCCAGAUUUAAUAACGUGCUUGGAACGUGCUAACCAUUAUUUGAAGACAGAAUACAGCAAAUUCUGCCCAGCUGGUUGUAGAGACAUAGCAGGAGACAUUUCUGGGAAUCUGGUGGAUGGAUACAGGGAUACCUCUUUGUUGUGCAAAGCCGCCAUCCACGCGGGAGUAAUUGCAGACGAGUUGGGCGGUCAGAUCCACGUGCUUCAAAGCAAAGGGAUAAGUCGAUACGAAGGAAUCCUGGCCAAUGGUGUGCUCUCAAGAGAUGGUUCCCUGUCCGACAAGCGAUUUCUCUUUACCUCCGAUGGUCACACAGCAGCAAGUUGCAGCAGAUCAUUGAGUCUGGAACCGGACACACAGAUCAGAGCUUCUUGGCAGUGGGUCAGUGAGACGGGAGAACAAGUUCACUGGUCUCCCGGCCAAGCCCAGCUUCAGGACCAAGACCCGUCAUGGGCUUCAGGGGACAGCGGCAAGACCCGCAGACAGCGCGAGUGGCUGGAGACCGAUUUGGGAGAGAAAAAGAAAAUAACAGGAAUUAUGACCACAGGAUCCACACAGUCGAAUUUCAACUUUUAUGUAAAGAGUUUCGUGAUGAAGUUCAAAAACAACAACUCCAAGUGGAGGACCUAUAAAGGAAUUGCAAGUAAUAAAGAAAAGGUGUUUCAGGGCAACUCUAAUUUUCGGGAUCCAGUGAGGAAUAAUUUCAUCCCUCCCAUCGUGGCCAGAUACGUGCGGGUUGUCCCCCAGACGUGGCAUCAGAGGAUAGCCUUGAAGGUGGAGCUCUUUGGCUGCCGGAUCACACAAGGUAAUGACUCGUUGGUGUUUCGCAAAACAAGUCCAAACACUGUCGGUUCCACUGAAAGAGAAGAUGAGACGAUCACAAAAUCCGUCCCCUCUCCGGAAAUGCCCACAGGAAUAAACAGCACUGCUGUUGCCAUCCCGCUGGUACUCCUUGCCCUGCUGGUUGCCGGAAUGGGGAUCUUUGCAGUCCUUAGAAGGAGGAAGAAGAAAGGAAAUCCAUAUGGAUCAGCUAAGGCCCAGAAAACAGACUGUUGGAAACAGAUCAAGUAUCCCUUUGCUAGACACCAGUCCGCCGAGUUCACCAUCAGCUAUGAUAAUGAAAAGGAAGUGACACAAAAGUUAGACCUCAUCACAAGUGAUAUGGCAGAAGCCGGUUCACACCAGGCCGAUACACCGACAGGAGCUAGAGCAGAGCUAUGGCAAUGGCCCCGGUACCACGACAAUCUGGAAGCCCUGAAUUCAUCUGUCACUAAGGUUUUGGUGAAGACACUAAGAGGGACUGGAAAGCACAGCUCCUGCCCUUGUGGAAGACGAGCUAGGAGAUAAAAGAAGCCGCCCAGUGUUA